AUCUAAUUUCACAAUCUCAGCCCCUCUCUCCAUCAACGGACGCCCGCCACGGUGGCGCGUCAGGCUCUCAACGGCGGCCACUCAGAGCACCGGUGACGCAUUCUCUAAGUAAUGCACUGGAUCUCUUCUCAUUUCACUCCAUCUCUGACGUCUUUUCUGUUUGAAAUAAACCGCGGCCUGGAUCAACUUGGGUUCAACCUUCCAUCUGUUUGAAAGAAGUGUUCAAAAUGAUGGAAACAUUCAGUGAUUCUGCUCACAGACAAUUGUCACAAAUGUUCUACACUUUACUCUUCUUUCAUAUGUCCGAAUACCUUCUAGCAAUCGCGUGUCAUGGGAAAUCUAAAGUAACUACCGAGUCUCUUUUAAUCAGCAAAGAUUAUAUCCUGGCAAUGACAUUCUCAGUUACAGAAUAUUUAAUCGAACUGUACUAUUUCCCCACGUUAAAACAAAAUCGGUCGAUAAGCAACUUGGGUCUUUACAUGGUGAUUUUUGGAGAAACAGUUAGGAAGGUCGCGAUUCUUACUGCUAAAAAGGCUUUUACUCAUAUCAUCCAGAGAUAUCAUGAAGAACAUCAUAAGUUAAUUACUACUGGUAUUUAUGGUAUCGUCCGACAUCCAGGGUAUACUGGUUUCUUCAUUUGGGCUGUAGGUACUCAAAUAAUGCUGUGUAACCCUGUGUCAACCGUUGCGUUUGCAAUAAUCACUUGGUGUUUUUUCUACAAUAGAAUCCCGUAUGAGGAGUUCUUCUUGAAACAGUUUUUCGGGUUGGAAUAUGAUGCGUAUAUGGAACUAGUUCCCUCUGGGAUUCCCUUUGUGAAGUGAUACAUCUGACCUUUUUUUAUACACCUAGUUUUUCUUUCUUGGGCAAAAGUAUGAUGCCAUAUAAGAACUUGCAGCAUAUCACUUGUGUAAAUGAAUCUUUAAUGUCAUAAUGCAUUUUACUUUU